AUGGCGGGCCCUGAGGGGAGGCCCUGGACGCUGCUGCUGCUGCAAAGAGCCGUUCUCUCGGUAGGGGCCUCGUUUGUGGGGCAGACUGUAAGCCGAGUGGAGGAGAAAAGGGAGCCUUUGAAAAGCAAGAGCAAUGAAGGGCGGAGCACCGAAAAAGCCUCUGGGAAGAAAAAAGGCCUGGAAAGCUAUGAGAAAGAGGCCGAGAAGCGGGGCUGCCCCCAAGCCCUGCCUGAAGCUCCUUUGCCAAGAGAGCGAGUGGUCCCAGCCUCGCUGGCCCUUGCGCACGAGCUGUCCCAAGCGAUGCUGCGGAUGGACAUGGCUCUGGAGAGGGAGUACGCCUUCGACAUCUUCAGCAACUUGAUGCGGAAGCAGCCCUCGUAUGCGCUCCAGGGCUUUGACCUGCCGCGGUCGGUGACGGUGGAGAUGCGAGCCCUUCUGGUGGACUGGCUGGUACAAGUGCAUGAGUAUCUGAAUCUGGCUGAUGAGACCCUUCACCUGGCCGUCCACCUCAUGAACUGCUACAUGAGAGCAGGCCGGGUCAGGAUCCCUCGCCUGCAGCUCCUCAGCGCCACCUGCCUCUUUCUGGCGUGCAAACUGGAGGAGCACACCUGCCCAGAGCCAGCCCAGCUGUGCGUCAUGAUGGAGAACUCCUGCAGCCGAAAGGACCUCCUGCAAAUGGAACGCAAAAUCCUGGCCCGACUCAGGUUUGAGCUGCACUACGCCAAUCCCAUCCACUUGUUCCGCCUCCUGGCAGAAGUGGACCAUUGCACCUUGGAGGUGCAGUUCUUGGCCCUCUAUUUCCUGGAAGCCUCUCUGAUGGGGGUGGACUGCCUGCGCUUUGAGCCCGCACAGCUGUCCUUUGCGGCUUUGUCUCUGGCCCACCGGCUGUGGCGGGAAGCCAGAAUCCAAGACCUGGAUGCGCUUCAGGAAUAUUUUCCAAAGUUCCACCUGUACAGCGAGGCCGAGCUGUUGGCUGUCUUCCCGUACAUGGCCAAGGCGGUUUUGCAAGGGGCCAAUGCCUCCCUUCGAGCCAUCUUCCUGAAAUACUCCAGGCCACAGAAGCUUUGUGUCAGCACCAGCCCUACCGUCGCGGCUUCUAAGCUCCUGAGCCGCUUCCUGGGGGACCCCAACCAAUGA